UUUUUGUUGAUGCUCCAUUAGAAGUUGUUGAACAACGUGAUCCUAAAGGUUUAUACAAGAAGGCAAAGCUCGGAGAAAUUAAAGAGUUUACCGGUGUUUCUGCUCCAUAUGAACAACCUUCGUCUCCAGAGCUUCAUAUUAAAACUGAUAAAUCUUCAAUAGAAGAAAGUAUAAAGAUUUUAGUAAAUUAUUUAAAAGAGAAGAACUAUAUUGCUAAUACAUUAUAA